AUGUACUUCUCCAAGGCUAGCAUCGUAGCUUUGCUGGCGACCGUGCCCAGCACCCUCGCUUGUCUCGGAUACGAGGGCGGUGUUCCCACUGCGACUUCCACAAAGACCAACAGCAAGUACAUUGAGGUUCCCGCUGGCACUGUCUACGACGGUGGUUGGGCUAGGUUCGACCGUGGUUCUGGUGCUUGUACCAGUGGUGAAGGAGGCGAUGCUGAUGCCGUCUUCAUUCUCCGCAAGGGCGCAACUCUGAAGAAUGCCAUUAUUGGCAAGAACCAGAAGGAGGGCGUUCACUGCGACGGUCCUUGCACUCUCGAGUUUGUAUGGUUCGAGGAUGUUUGUGAGGAUGCCAUCACUGUUAAGAACGAUAAGGCUGGCGACCACACCUGGAUCAUCGGUGGUGGCGCCUACAAGGCCAGCGAUAAGAUUGUUCAACACAACGGUUGCGGCACCGUGAACAUUAUCAACUUCUGUGAAACCAAACUAACACUGAAAAGCUAUGGCAAGGUCUAUCGCUCUUGCGGCAACGGCACUACCGCCCGCAACGGAGGCGAAGUUGUUGGCAUCAACUCCAACUACGGCGACACUGCCACCCUCAAGAACGUCUGCACCGACGCCAAGACCCCGUGCCAGAUGUACACCGGAUGUGCCGGCGGCUGCGAGCCCGUCAAGGCAGGUGCCUGCUCCGGAUAA